GCUUGUGUGUUCAGGUCUGAGCAGUAGCUGCCAUGUCUGGGAGAGGCAAAGGCGGGAAAGGCCUCGGCAAAGGCGGCGCCAAGCGGCACCGCAAAGUCCUGCGAGAUAACAUCCAGGGCAUCACCAAGCCCGCCAUCAGGCGUCUCGCUCGGCGUGGGGGUGUCAAGCGGAUCUCGGGUCUCAUUUACGAAGAAACUCGGGGUGUGCUGAAGGUGUUCCUGGAGAACGUCAUCCGGGACGCCGUCACCUACACGGAGCACGCCAAGCGCAAGACGGUCACGGCCAUGGACGUGGUGUACGCCCUGAAGCGGCAGGGCCGCACCCUGUACGGCUUCGGCGGCUAAGCCUCUGCUGCGGGCUCACAACG